AUGUCGGACUCCUCCGCAACCCUGUUGCCGAGAAAGCCAGCAGGGCCGCGACCGGGGCCACCAGCACCUCGACGGUUUGGUUCGACGGCGAAGCCGUCAGUUGCAAGCCAUGGGAGCUCUUCACCAGCAGUAGUGCCAGAGAAGAAGCCGCGCCAGGUCACUUUCUCAAAGUCUGAGUGCGAGAUCCAGGAAUACGUGCCAGAAUCCUUUCAAGAGCCGCAUGAGGAGUCUGAGGAGUCGGGCGGUUUGGCUGCUCUCGUGCAGCGCCGCAGGCGACUUCUGGAAGAAGCAAGCAAACAUCACCAGGAAGAUGCGGCAGUGGAUUACCUCGGCAAAGACAGGCACAGCACCCUUCAACUCGAUGGCCUGCUUUAG